UUUAUCGUGUAGUUUCUGGCAACAAAAAUAGAGUACACUUGCGCGGCCGCAUCGGUUGCCAUCAACUACAAGUUAUAUUUGAUAAGUGGCGGAGAGUGGGAUUCCGGAAGUGACGUAAGACAACAAAAUCCGCUGGGGAAUUUAGUACGUUCGUGAUGCGGCUGCAGUAUUACAGUAUGCAUGAUGCAUUGCGUGCAGUGUGCAGUGCACGCCUGCCAGCGCCAAUGCGAAGCUAGUCAUGCUAGUUGAAAAGGACAACAGGAUGAUCGAACUUUGGUAGAACUUUGACUUUAGUAUUUCCCCUGUUUCCAAACCGCUACCAUCAUGUUCAACGGCAGAGGAAGCAGAGUGGCCACAGAGGAAGAGAGUAGGCUCCUUUUAUCCGGCAAAAAGAGAGCCAGUUAUUUAGAACGGAGGGCCCGAUUGUUGAGCGACGCUUCGAGUUCGAGCUCUUCGCAUGGUUCUGAGCCCGAUCCUGACAGCAUUGCGGGGAUGAGACUACGAGGAAGCCCCGUGCCUUCACCGGGCGGCCCACGCUCAGGCGCGGCGGGCGCUGCCGGACAAAACUGCGGCGGAGAUUUCGCGGAGGAGUGGAGUUCGAAAGGGGUGAUUAAAGCAUGUGAGUAUGUUGGAUCUUUCUCUGUGGCACAUCUACAACCAAGCAACAGAGCUGAGUUUGUGCGACUACAGCUUCAGUCUCUCCAGAAUCCGAAGAAAUCUCGACCUGUAUCACUCUUCAUCUCACUCUCAGGUAUCAAGGUCUACGAUCCUGAAAAUCAACAGGUGACGCUUAUGGCCCAUGCCUUGAAGCGGAUCUCCUAUGCCACCUGUGACCCCGACUUCUGCCAAUUUGCCUUCCUCUCUCGUAACCCUAAAGGGCCCGUCGGAAUCCAGUAUUGCCACGUCUUCAUCACGCGUGAACCUAACGAGACUGAGGAGAUCAACGCUAUCGUAGGCAAAGCCUUCAAGGUGGCCUACGCCAGCCUCCGAAGCAAGAAGCAGUUCUUUGAGUUGAUUGAGGAGCUGAAUCGUGAGCAGGAGGAGUACUUUGCACAGAUCACCCAUCAGCAGAACGCUGCGACACGGGUCGGUAGCUGGGUAGACGGCAGGGAGAGGGAGCUCAGUGUUGGCCAAGGCAGAGUCUGGGCAAAACAAGUUGCUGGGCGUAAGCAGCACAAACAACCCCACAUCAUCGCUGGUAUAGACCCCGCCCACCAGAUAAUUCCCCCGCCCACAAAUCGCUGUCGAUCACCUGUCAACUUUGCCACCCCGCCCCAAAGCCAGCAGCCUUCGAGCAGUCAGGCACAGCUCAUGAAUAAUUCAUCAUUGGAUGUUAAUCAGAGUGGAGCAUCAGCCAAUCGGGGUGUGCCUAUAAUAAGGUCUGGGUCAGGUGACUCUGCCGAGGAGUUUGAGUGGGUAACAGAAGAGGAUAUUGAUGAGGACGAUACCCAGGCUUCCGCUCCCACUAUUGAAGCAGAAGUUGCUUUCAAGCAAACUCACCGGACUAUUGCUCUACCACCAGCUCCUUACUACGAGGUAGAGCCCUGCAACGAGUGGACUGCUCGCUCCAUCGCUCUACCCACGACGGCUUUCUCAAUCAUCCACGAACAGAAGACCAAGCAUCUAGUGCUUCAGAACGAUCAGGCACCUCCGUCGACAUCCAGGGGCAACAUGGCGCUCAUGGAGAGCCACCGAGCUCAAACCCCAGGGCAGAUCCUUCUACAGGAUUCAACGGUCCCGCCUCCUUUUACUUACAAGCCCAAUAGAGAGGACGACGAUUGUUACGGAUACGGAAAUGGUUACUCAGAGAACAGACUGAGUGAAUACUCGGAUCGAGACUCGUUCGAUUACGAUCGGAGCUAUGCCAUCUUGGAGCAAUUCAUUAACGCCACGUGUGAUAUCUCUGGUGACUGGCUAGACCCCGAUCUGAGACCGUCACCAGUCUCUAAGGAGCCCAGUGAAAGGCCGUUUGAGGAUGUGCAAUCUGAGAACUCAGAGCAACGAGACUCAAUACCGAAUAACAACAACGUUCAGAAACUCGCUGAUGAAAACGGUGCAAAUUCACAAGAUAACGUGAACGCGCCUCAACCAGUACCACGUCAAAGCAAGGCACAAGGUGACAUGGCUCCUGAGAGUUUACAGAGUCAGAGGUCAUCCUCACCAAACAAUCAAGGUCAGAGGUUAAGUAGGCCAUCCAGUCAGGAGGACCGAGUGGCUCAUUUGAAUGGCCAGGCUAUGAAUAUUAAUCAAAAUGCAAAUGAGGAGCCAGGGAAGGAUAAACCCAAACCGGCGCCGAGGAAAGGGAAGGCACCUGCACCUCCAAUACCGGUAGACAUUGUGAAAUCCGUGCAUGGAAAAGGACCGGCACCGCCCAUUCCUGUAGAAGUUAACAAGUUGGUAAACGUUGAUGAAGCAAGCGAGAAGAACAAUCUGAAACGAUCCGCCUCGUCUGCAUCCAGUAAUGCAGAGGCGUCGAGUCGAGCGCUCGCUGCUCCGAAAUCACUAGACAUUGCCGGAGCGGCCGCUGUCAGUCAAAGGCUACUAAAGGGUCAGUCGUCCAUAUCAAGCCAGGACAGCUGCAAGAGGUCAGGUGGGAGGUCACCAGGUCACGUAGGUCACAAGGUGGAGGUGGAGAUUGGCAAAUUCCGAUGCAAGAAAGUCACCAAUAAUGGCAUUGCUCCACCACUUCCACCAAGGUCCACAUCCCUCGUUGAGAAUGGAACAGCCCAAGAUGGCGGCGGUGCCCAUGGCAACCCUAUCCAGUACAAAGAUGUGACUGAAGCGCCCUGGUUCAAGGCGGGAGUACCCAGAGAGAUCGCUGUGGAGAUACUACAGCAGGAGGUGAAAGGAGCCUUCAUCGUCCGCGAGAGCAAAAGCCACCCAGGAUGCUUUGCACUCUCCAUCAAAGUGGACGGCGACUUCAACGAGAGCGGCAUAGCCAAUUACCUGGUAGUCCGCACCAAGAAUGGCGGCUACACAAUCAAGGGUUUUGGAAGAGACUUUGCCGACUUGCCGAGACUGGUCCACCACUACUCCCUGCAUCAAGAACAGCUUCCUUGCAAGCUGAAUCUCUCCUGUUGCAAUCCUCUCUUCAGACAAGAUGAAGAUGAAGGGGAGGAGGAAGGGGGUGGAGACUUGGAUUACACAAGCAGGACAGAUUUCAAACCGGUUAUGGCUGGUAUGAAGUAGAUUUAACCAAAUUAAACCAGUUGAGUCCAGCUCAGAGACUUGGUUUACACUAACAAGUUGGAUUUCAAACCAGUUAUUGCCGGUCUAGUCUGAAGUACAGUAUCCACUUACAUUUGGUUCAGAGACUUGGUUGACACAAGCAAGAUGGAUUUCAAACCAGUUGUGGCCGGUAUGAAGUAGAGUUUACCAGUUAAGGCUGGUUCAGAGACUUGGUUUUCACAAGCAGGACCGAUUUCAAACCAGUCACGGCUGGUAUGAAGUAGACUAAACCAGUUUGAUCUAGUUCAGGGACUUCAAUUAUACAAGCAGAAAAGAUUUCAAACCAGUUAUGACUGGUAUGAAGUAGAGUCAACCAGUUGAGGCUGGUUCAGAGACUUAUUUACACAAGCAGGACAGAUUACAAACUGGUUAUGGCUGGUAUGUAGUAGAGUAAACUGGUUUGGCCCAGUUCAGAGACUUGGAUUACACAGGCAGGACAGAUUUUAGUAAACCAGUUAUGGCUGGUAUGAAGUAGAGUAAACCGGUUUGGUCCAGUUCACAGCAAGAGGAGAGGCUUAGGUUACACAAACAGUAUAGUUUCUGAAUCAGUUGUGGCUGGUAUGAAGUAGAGUAAACCAGUUUGGUCCAGUUCACAGCAAGAGAAGAGGCUGAGGUUACACAAACAGUAUGGUUUUCGAAUCAGUUGUGGCUGGUAUGAAGUAGAGUAAACCGGUUUAGUCCAGUUCACAGCAAGAGGAGAGGCUUAGGUUACACAAACAGUAUGGUUUUUGAAUCAGUUGUGGCUGGUAUGAAGUAGAGUAAACCAGUUUGGUCCAGUUCACAGCAAGAGGAGAGGCUGAGGUUACACAAACAGUAUGGUUUUCGAAUCAGUUGUGGCUGGUAUGAAGUAGAGUAAACCGGUUUAGUCCAGUUGACAGCAGGAAGACAGACAUGGAUUCCACAAGUAGGAUGGCCUACAAACUGGUUAUGGUCGGUAUGAUGCAGAGUAAACCAGUUUUUGUGUGGUUCAAAGGAGGAGCAGAGACUCAGAAAUCAAACAGGAGCAGAAAAGAAGAAAAGUAUAAGGCUAAGACCUGAAACCAGUUAUGACCGGUUUGAAACAGAGCAAACCAGACUUUUGUGGGUCACAGCAGAAACAAAAGAAAAUGAAAAGAAUACGCGAGUUGCACUAGAAAGUGGUUUUUGCCAGUGUUAUAAAGAAUGAAUCUGUUCAGUCUGAUUUAAUAACAGAAUGAGAAGAGGUUUCUAUAUUUAUUUUAAAGAAGGGAGUAAUUCGAUCUGUUGGGUCUAGACCUUUAAGGAUCCUGAACUUAAAACCCGUUAUCAUUGAAAAGAAAUUUUGCUAACAAAGUAUUUUUUAAGAAAUUUGUAAAAAAAAAAAAAGAAUCAACCGUUUUUGAUGUCUUUUCUAAGUCAUCCCCUCCAAACCAGUUGUAGGUGGUGUGGAAUUUCACUGAAGUAUGAUAAACUUCCUGGUUACCUUUAAAAUAAACCAUUUUUCCCAGAAAGCUUGCCAAGCUUCAAAGUCAGUAACUACGUGAUAAGACAGUUCUCUCAGCUUUGCAAGCUUCAUCCACUCUGAACUGGUUAUAACUGGUGUAAACCAGUUUGAACCAGUUACGUUACAAAGCAGUACCAGGCGGUCAUCUGAUACUCGUAUACGAUAGUGUAAAUGGCCUUCAACAUUUAGUUUGUUGGCAUUACCCAGAAAAGUCAAUUGUUCUUUUCGUAUUUUCUGUGUGCUUACAUCUAUUUAUUUGGAAAGGAACUUGCACUUCAUGCAUUCAACAUAACUUAUUACAGGAAUGCAAGUCCUCCUGCAAUUGCCUGAUUUCAGGCUUUUUCCAAAUUUCAAGUUACAAAUUGGCGUCAUACAUGUGUGUGUAUAUUUUUACUUCAUACCUCAAAUUUCAGGCAAAAAUGUCUGAAUCCUCUUACGUACCUGCUUAUUACUCACAUAUCCUAAUAAUAGUGCUGCACAAUUGCACUUUCUGUGCCUCUUAGCUCAAACCCUGUUAUAAUUUGUAUGCCUAUAGUUUGGACAAAACACCAAUUGAUACUUCAUACCACUCAGUAUUUUUAGAUUAAUAUGUUGGACAAUUGCCCGGCUUGCCUUAAAAAAUCCAAAUCUGCAAUGUUGUAAAGUCAUGGUGCCCUGUAAAUAUUCAUACCAAAACAAAAAACCUCUGCUUUAAAAUGGGCACAUGAGAACAUUUUGCCUUUGUUUCUAGAUUUGUUUAGGGACUUUUAAUAUCAUCUGAAAAUACCUUAACUUGGAAGACAUAUAUGCAGUAGUUGCCUUUGUUACAUUUGUGGUCGGAAAACCAGACUGAAAUGAUAUUGUAACUGUUUUUUCUGAGAAGUGCCUGUUUCUAGUAUAGGUGCCAUAGUCAAGUGACACAGUUCAAUGAUAAAAGCCUUGAAUUGAGGCUAGUAUACCGACCAGCUGGCAGUGUGUUUAUAAACAAUCGUUAUUUAUCUCAGCAGUAUGAAGAUUACACGCAUAUAACGGUUCAUUUAUCAUGCCCAAUAGUUUGUUUUACAGCUUAGGCCUGUAGACGGCUAUCUUAAUUUUACAAUUAUAAAUUUACCGACAAAGAACCUUUUGAUAAGCAUUAUUAAAACUGGAUUAUUUGCAAUAAAUCCGAUCCUUCUUUCACCAUUGUUAUUGUUUUCACAAAACAAUAGUGGCUAGGAUUUGCCUCCUUUCAGUAUAUCUUCUUCCAUGUCCAGACGAGUUAUGUACUUCAGCUAAAGUACAAAAAAUGUACAGUGUCGUCUUGUAUGAUGUCACAGUACAUUGUAUGUGCUCAUGUUCGAUGAGAAAAAAAGUACAAGCAUUCUCUACUUGAGUAUUUCGUACACUUAACCAUUUUAGUAAACACCUCCCGUAAAACUGUAUCAUUGUUUUGAAAGCACUAUGACUACGCUUAACUUACAAUAUUUGCUAUGUUUUGCAUUGCUUUAUGAAGCUAGACAUGUACGUAAGAGGCUUUUUAUAUCGGUGCUUUUCUUUUCUAUUUACAGCAUCAUGAACAUUAAAGUUUAGACUGUUUUUGUCCUCACAUCAUGGAGGUAUAGGAAACACGCGCUGUGAAAAUACAUGUACUGAAGUAUUAAGACUGUAUACUGAGAACUGAAGUGAUUUAAAAGGGAAAAACCGAGAUUCGUAUCUAAAUAAGAAAGUCAUCUCUUCAAUUAUUAACGACGCCGGUUAACAUUGCCAAACCUUUCGACCAAAGCCUUUUAGGUAAAAUAUGUUUUAAUGCUGAAUCUUGCUGUGCAUUAUUUUGUAUGAUAAAACUGCCAUUUUUUAAAGCGAGUUGAUGGAAGAGCAUAUUUUUUCUCUCGCAAAACAGGAUUGCACUCUCAACUGUACUAUACACAAUAUAGAUUGGAUUUCGUUAAUAAUUUGCUUACUUGAUGUAUAAAUGUCAAACUGAUGUUGAAUGUUCGAUCAAUAAUGUUGCCUUCAGAUCGAUGUUGUGGUCCGCCUUUUUUCCCCAGAUAAUUUUUUCUUUAAGGGGUAUAGAUUACGACCUUUGAUUCGUUAAAGUGUUUUGUAAUAUGUCCAUGAUUGAUUGGAUGUACGUUGUCAUGUCAUCAGCUCAGAUCAUGUAAAUUAACCAGUAUUUAUUUUAAAGCCUUCUUGUGGACAACAACUGCAUCCGAGUGCUGUAAUUAUUAGGCCUACAAUUGCACAUUAAAGUAUAUAUUUCAGAUCAGUAUUAAUAAAUUAGAGCAAUAUACGAA